AUGUCAGUCUCACCAUUUCCUGAGCUAUUGGAUGCACCAAUGCACGACUUUGCGACCGAAAUCGAUGUUCCAAUGAACCCAGCAGCUGCACAAGAAUUCUUUGUAGAGUUAUCCAUGGAUCACGAUGGUCAUCACACGAUUUAUAACCAGGAGGAUGUUGAGGUCGACAUGGAGACUUACUAUGAUGGCAAUGCAGAAGUUCAACGACAGCCAUUAUCAGCAGAGCCGCUCGACGUGGAAGUCUACGACGCUUCUGACGCCCGCUCACCUCAGCCCAUACCUGAUCCACACCCAUUACCGUCUCUGAUAAUUGAUCCAGAGAUUUCAUUGCUUUCCACCCCUGCCCCUUUCUCGGAUGCGUUCACCCCCCAGCUAGCCACCAUUCCUGCUGAACACGACGCAUCUACUACAGAUCGCCCAGUGGAAAACGACCAUCCUGUAGCUGAAGAAACAGAAUUCAAUCUUCUGCGAGAGGAGGAAUCUCUCGCUUUAACCCUCGAACAAUCAUCGAAAUCGGAUCCCCUUCAUCUUGCCACUGCUGCCGAUGGAACGGCAGCAGAGUUAAACGUACCUUCUGCUGCUUCGGCAGAUCCAUAUGGUUUAGAAAAACACGCAGAUGCUCUGGUUUCUGAAACCACUGGUAGAGCAGGGACGUCUGUUCAGCCUACAGAGGCAGAACCCACGCUUCAACCACAAGUUGAGGAGCAGUCUGAAACGUUCCACCCCUCAGAUGUCCUAUCUGAUGAUAGCGUGCACCCUCAAGAUGAAACCCACGCGGAGGGCUUCCACGAAGGGACAGACAAUGCUAAUGAUCCACACGAAAUAUCUGAUGGGGUUUACAUUGACCCGCCACCCGCUGUUUUUCUGUCCAUUGGCUCCUCUGAAGUACCAGAAUACUGUUUAUUCAACCAGCCUCCAGUGGAACGCGGGUCCCGCAGUCCGUCUGCAGGAGCUAGCAACCAACAGGCAUAUGUGCUGCUCCUGGAGAAUCGGCCGACGUUGUACUAUGAGCCCCUUAGUUGCGUAUUCGAAGCACUUAGGCAGGACGAAGUCAUUUCCAGGAUUCCUGACUCUCUCGAGGGAGAGUUGGUGAUGGACGCGUAUGACCUUCAGCUCGCUGUGUUGGAGGAUAAUGUUUACGCACAGGAAGUCAGUUUGCAUGACCUGAAUGUGCUGCAUGAUGGCUCUGAUUUUACGGGCCCUCUCCGCAUCCAUCUGCGUUCGGCGAUACCUAGGUUUAUUUUACGUUACCGUUUACUUCAAGAACAGAUUUCUCGGCUUGACCUGGCUGCAGCCGUUGAUGAAAAUGUUGCAGCAGAAGGAUACGUCCCCGCAGUUCAACAUGAUACCGCUCCAGAAGCAGAACGUCACGAGGAAGAAGAUGCGAAUCACCACGAGGAAGAAGGUGCAGAUCAUCACGAAGAAGAUGCAGAUCACCGCGAAGAAGGAGCCCAACACGAAGUACCUCUGCUUGAUGACCAGAAGGAUCUCGAUGGAACAGAAGGCGUUCUUGAGCCGAAAGUUCCUCUAGACAAGCUCCAGGGUGAUGAUGCCCUCGCAAAGGACGUGGCUUUUAUCCCACAGGCUGUGACGGAUGUCGCCUAUCACAGCGUUAGUGGCGACGUAGCACAGGCCUUUGAAGAGGAGGAUAAUUAUGAAGGCGCGAAUGUCGGCACAGAGUAUCAGGAAGAGGGCGAAGGUGAUCAUGACACCGCUGCCAUACAUCAGAUAGCGGAUACAGAUGCUGCUGUAACCGUGUUCGACAUCAAUGUGCAGUUCGGAGGGGAAGAGACGGAGUACCAAGAUUACAUACAGCCGGAUGAGUAUGGCGAAAUCUAUGAAGACUUCCCCGAAGAGGACGACACGCACACAGAAUUUGGAUAUAAUCAAACGGUGGGUUAUGAAGAAAGCGGAACGGAGGCUGCAUCAACAACAGUAGAGGAGUCACAGGCGGGUUUGCCUGUAUCUGACCACCAUGAAGAAGAGACUACAUCAGUGCCACCGGCACAACACAUUGACUUUGAGCCCACUCAGAGAUCAGACACAGGAGACAGCGUUUCAAAUGAACGAGGAGAUGGUUUACCAUCAUACGAAUCUUUCGAGGAAGAGAAGAGCAGCCAUGACACUGACAAAGAUCUCAUAGUAGAUCAGGAUACAGAUCAGCCCGAAUCAUCAGCGCAGUUCCCAACAGAUGAGUCGGAUUCUAAUUUACUUGCAAUACUUGAACGCGAGGCUGAUUUUGAGCUAGAUCAUUCUUCGUCUUACACCAAUGCUAACCCCGCAGAAGAGGGUGGCGGACAGACUUUCCCAGUUUUGGAAGAGGAAUGGGAUAAGUGGGAUGAUGAGUUAGAUGGCGAUGGCGAAAUUGAUGACGAAUGGCUGGACCCUGGCGAUGCUGUGUCCAAUGAAAGCUCUGUGACUCUGUCCAGCAAUUCAUCUGCAAAACGUCAUCACGACGACGUCGACCCCGAAGAAGGUGAACUUGAAGCUGGCACACCUCAUAGUUCACCAGAAAAACGACCUCGCAUUUACUGA